AUGCAGCAGCCACCACGGCAGCCCGAGUUAGGGGAAGGCAAUCUUCCCGUGUUCGUGUUCCCCACGGAGCUGAUCUUUUAUGCGGACGACCAGUCCACCCACAAGCAGGUGCUGACUCUCUAUAAUCCUUACGAGUUUGCCUUAAAGUUCAAAGUGCUGUGCACCACCCCCAUCAAGUACGUGGUGGUGGACGCUGCGGGGGCGGUGAAGCCUCAGUGCUGCGUGGACAUCGUCAUUCGUCACAGAGAUGUCCGGCCCUGUCACUAUGAUGUAAUAGACAAAUUCCGGCUUCAAGUUUCGGAACAAAGCCAGGGGAAGCCUUUAGGACGCAAAGAGAUUAUUGCUACCCUUCUGCCGUCGGCUAAAGAACAGCGAAAGGAAGAAGAGGAAAAAAGGUUAAAGGAACACUUAGCAGAAAGUGUCUUUUUUGAGCAGAUGCUGUGUCAAACGGAAAACAGGACUGGCUCAUCGGGACCUAGUUUAUUAACUGUCUUCCUGGGAAUAGUGUGCAUUGCAGCUCUGAUGCUUCCCACACUGGGAGAAGUAGAAUCUCUAGUGCCUCACUACUUCCAUUUAAGUGUGAAUCAGAAAUUAGUGGCUGCUUAUGUUUUAGGUCUUAUCACUAUGGUUAUACUUAGAAUAUGAGCAAGGACUGAAAUUGACUGAAAUCAUUUCACCUUCAUAUCAUCAUCAUGAAUGUGGACUGCCCUUUAUUCCCACUUGACCCUAUGCUACAGAAAAACUUGGGUGAUUUAAAAUACUUGCAAAUGUGUAAUAUAUGUAUAUAUUUUAAACUGAUGUAUAACUUUAUUUGAAGGACACUAGCAUCUUGUGCUUAUGUUACAGAUAGUUAUGAUAGUUUGUUGAACGAUUCCUGUAAAAUUAACUGAGGAAAUUUUUAUAGCUAUACUUAGAGGGGGGGUGGCUAUUAAAAUAACAUUUGCUAUUUUUUUAGAAAGUGAAUGAGAAUGAACUAGGAACCAUGAAUGGGUACUGCAAAGAGGCAAAUUUAGCCUUGAUGUGAAGAAGUACUUCUUUAAAAUUAGGGUUGUCUAAAAGUGGAACGGGCUGCCUCCAGGCUGGAUGACCACUUGCUGGUGUAUAUUAUAGGAAGGAUUGUUUUUUUCCGUAUAGGCUGGCCACUCAGGUCCUUGAAACUUUGAGAUAAUGUAAUAAUUCUGAUGGUAACUUGAAAAGAGGAACUGAAAAAAAUGUUGUGCUACUUCAGACAUUAAAAUUAAUUUAAAUGUAAA